ACUCGCCAGCCACCACUCCUGCCAAGCGACGAAGCAACACACCCGCAUCACAGUAUCGCACAAGCCAUCGCAAGCCUAGCCGCACCACAUCCCACACCCCUCCCUCCACCCCUGCACCUGCACCUCUCCGCCCACCCAACAUGGGCCCCUCCAAAGCCCCCUCAAGCUGGGACGACGAAGACUCCGACUCCACCCCUCCCUCCUCCCCGCCCGUCAUAGCGCGCCGCGGCGGCAAGUUCGAGGAUGAGGAGGACGAGGACGUGCUCGACGACUGGGAAGAGGGCGAAGAUUCGGAAGAAGAACGCGAGAAGGCCAAAAAAGCCGCCGAAGCCAAGGCGAAAGCCGAGGCGGAAGCGAAAGCGGCGCAUAAAUCGAAGACGCAGCGGAUCGAGGAGCGGCGAUUGCAGCAUUUGAAGGAGAAGGAGGAUUUGUUCGACGAGGAUGAUAGCGAGGAGGAAUUGACGGAGGCGGAGCGGAGAGCGCGAGCGGCGGCGAGCGAGAAGGAGAGUGACUUGCGACAUGCGGAGGACUUGUUCGGGGGAGCAGGCAUGCGGCCCGACCGCCCCGCCGCGCCCAAAGCCGUCACGGUACCCAAAACAGAUAUCCCCGGCGACGCCAUCGAUCUAUCGUCCCUCUCCCUCUUCCAACCCAGCACGCCGGCGCAAUGGCAACAACUCCGCGAGACACUGGUGCCCCUCCUCUCCUCCCAAGCGAAGAAACCCGCCUACGCCUUGUUCAUGGUCGAGUUCGCGAAGCAGCUCUGCAAAGAGCUCAACUCCGAGCAAGUGAAGAAAGUCGCCGCCGGGUUGAACACGAUGGCGAAUGAGAAGAUGCGGGAUGAGAAGGCGGCGGAGAAGGGGGGCAAGAAGAGUAAGGCUGCCAAGACGAAGACGACGCUGAAUGCGAGUCGCGAUGUGGGGAGGAGUACGGCCGGUGGGGCGGGUGGGGUGGAUGUGAAUGCUUAUGAUGAUGGGGGGCUGGAUGAUGGGGAUUUCAUGUGAGGAUGCAAAACUUUCCUGGGAGGGAGAGAGGGAGAGAGAGAGAGAGGACGGGGGUUUGUGAGAGGGUUGUGAUCCGCUGCGUUCGAGCUGGGGAUCUGGGGUUUCCGAAGCGAAUCGCAAGAAAGCUGGGAGACAAGUCGCACCGCACAGAGGGAGAGUGAGGAUUGCCAUGGUUGAAAGCGCGGAGCGAUCGUCAGCGGCGCACGAGUAGCGACAUUUCCAGCAUUUUGUAGAGAGGCGAGAGGGUUCCUAGGGAAGGCCUGGCGGGAACAACUCUGAACAGCAUGCUGAU